GUGAAGCCAAGAACUCAUUACAAUAUUAAUUUACAAUUAAUUAACAAUUAAUUAUUAUUAAUUUAUUACAGUGAUUACUCAUUCAGCACUAUCGUUACGUGUCAAAGCUCCAUAAGUCUCAUCAAAAACCUCAUUAGACUCUCUCUGACUUCACCACCAAAAACAAUGGCCGGCGAGUUCGCCGGAGAUAACACACCGGAGCUACUUUCUCUUGUUCACGAUAUUACCGGAAUGUGUGUCGGAGGAGGCGGUUCUUCCUCCCUCACCGCCGAUGCAAUGUUCAGAAAAGAUUGCACCGAUCUAGUUCGCCGGAUCUCUCUUUUAUCUCAUUUGUUUGAAGAGAUUAAAGAAUUGAAUAAGGUUAACGGUUCUCCUUCAAGUUCUUCAUCUACUGCUUUAGAGGAUUCGUGGUCCUCUGAUCUAGUUCUUGCUCUUCAAUCUGCUAAACGGUUAUUAUCCGUAGCGAAGAAUUUCAGUUCUAAUUCUAAUAAUUCUUCUGAUGGAGCUGCCAAGACUAUUAUCUUCCAAUUUCAGUGCGUGACGUGGAAAUUGGAAAAACUAUUAAGCAGUUUACCGUAUGACGAUUUAGACAUUUCAGUUGAAGUCAAAGAACAGGUGGAUUUGGUGAGAACACAAUUGAGACGGGCCACGGAUAAAUACGGGUUUAUGAUUUCUAAGAUGCCGUCUUAUGAUUUAUCCCAGCCCUUGGCCCAAGAAAUCAGUCAAGUUCUUGGCAAAUCUGUGAGUGGAUUGCAUAAACAACACAGUUGUCCUGAAAAUCUAUCAGAACUAGGCAGCAUUCCUAAAAGCAAUGAAGGGAAAAGCUGUAGCCCAUGUGGGGCAGGAUCUCGAUUGGAAAGAACAAGGAGCAUCCAUGCCUCUUCUGAGGUUUCCUUAUCGAUUUUAACUGUUCCUAAAAGUCAAGAAAUUUCUGGGAGCACCAAUAUACCUGAAGAUAAAAAACCUGAAGCAAUUGUAAUUCCUGAAGAUUUUCUUUGCCCUAUAUCCUUGGAACUAAUGAGAGAUCCUGUUAUCGUGGCCACUGGUCAGACAUAUGAGAGAUCUUACAUACAGAGAUGGAUUGAUUGUGGAAAUACAACCUGCCCAAAAACUCAGCAGAAGCUCCAACAUUUGACCCUUACACCAAAUUAUGUUCUAAGGAGCCUUGUUUCUCAGUGGUGUAUAGAGCACAACAUUGAACAACCAACAGGACUAACCAAUGGAAAAAUAAAAAAGAGUGAUGGAUCAUUCAGAGAUGUUACAGGUGACAUAGCGGCAAUUGAAACUCUAGUCCGGAAGCUCUCCUGCAGGUCCAUUGAGGAGUGUAGAGCAGCAGUUGCUGAAAUUCGUUUAUUAUCCAAAAGAAGCACUGACAACAGGAUACUAAUUGCUGAAGCUGGGGCAAUACCAGUUUUAGUCAACCUUUUAACUUCCGAAGAUGUAAUGACACAAGAAAAUUCGGUUACAUCAAUUCUUAAUCUUUCUAUAUAUGAAAACAACAAAGGACUUAUAAUGCUUGCUGGUGCAAUUCCAUCCAUUGUCCAAGUUCUCCGAGCUGGAACCAUGGAAGCAAGAGAAAAUGCGGCAGCAACGCUUUUUAGCUUGUCACUUGCAGAUGAGAACAAAAUAAUAAUUGGAGCCUCAGGAGCUAUAUCCGCUUUGGUAGAAUUGCUCGAAAAUGGAAGCCCUAGAGGGAAGAAGGACGCAGCAACAGCACUGUUCAAUUUAUGCAUAUAUCAAGGAAACAAGGGCAGAGCCAUAAGAGCGGGGAUCAUCACAGCACUGUUGAAAAUGCUGACAGAUUCAAGCAAAUCAAUGGUUGACGAAGCCCUUACAAUUAUGUCAGUUCUUGCCAGCCACCAAGAGGCAAAGGCUACCAUAGUAAAAGCCAGCACUAUACCAGUUUUAAUAGAUCUUUUGAGGACGGGAUUGCCUCGCAACAAAGAGAAUGCAGCUGCCAUUUUACUUGCUUUGUGCAAGAGGGAUACUGAUAAUCUUUCCUGUAUCAGUAGACUCGGUGCUGUCAUACCCCUUUCUGAACUUGCUAGGACCGGUACAGAGAGAGCAAAAAGAAAGGCUACUUCACUAUUGGAGCAUCUUCGUAAGUUAUAACAGCUUUGAAUGGUGCAGUGCUGCAAAGAACCUUAAAUUUAAUAUAUUUCUCUCCGAUUAUUUGACAUAAUUUUUCACACAUUGUUUUGCAACUGAUAAGAUCAAUCGAGGAUGAAAUAAGAAAGUCAGACUCAUUGGUCCAGUUUAUUCUUUCCUUCUUUCCAUGUUUUGUUCAUUUUCAACCUCGUAUCAGCGUGUAAAGAAAUCAAUCAAUAUAUAUAUAUUGUCUCCAAGAGAUUUUUACAGA